CACAGUCAAGGAUAGGGAAAAUCAUAGGGAGAGGAAGGAAGAGAAACCGCAAUUGCUGUGAAGUCUAAUUGAGAUCUGAGACUAUGCAAAUGAGCCAAACCAAAGAGCAAAGCAUAUUCGGCAUAUACCAUGAAACACCAGCAACCGAGAAUUGCGAUUCACGCGAUUUGAUUGAAGUAUCUAGCCUUCAGGUGGUAGGUGUAAACAAUAUUCAAAUGAGCAAAGCCGUGCUUCUCCUCCUCGCUCUUGGCCUUAUCCUCGGUCCCGGGGGCUGCCUGGCCAACUGUCGCGAGGAGCCGGCCCGCGAUUGUGAAGCCAUUUGUGAUGCGAGUGGCAGGAAUUGCACCAUCCGAGCUCUGGUCCUGCUGCCGGAUGACAACAUGUACCAGGCAUCCCUGCCGCGAGUCCUGCCCAUCCUGAAGGUGGCCGAGCAACAGAUCCGCGCCAAGGCUCUCAUCCCGCCACACAUUGACUUCGAGUGGUUGGCCCACGAUACCAAAUGUGAUGCCUCUUUGGGCGUGAUCAAGGCCAUGGAUGGGAUCAUCAAGCAGUGCGCCCAGGUGAUCUUCGGUCCCGUCUGUGAUUAUUCUCUGGCUGCUGUUAGCCGGAUAACCAAGUAUUUCAACAGCCAGGGCACUCCAUUGAUUUCGGUGGGCGGUUCCACCUAUGACUUUGAGCAAAAGAAAACGGAUUGCAAUGACGAGUUCUACAUGCUGCUCCGCACGGGAAUGCUAAGCUUUGAGACCAUUUCCGAGCUGACCAUAAACGUGAUGAAGCGGCACAAUUGGUCGCAUUCCAUCUUCUAUUACGAACGCGAUGGCCAGCGGAGCGUGGCGGGUAUGCACACCUGCUUCCUGAUGAUGAAAUCCUUGGGAAAACAAAUGCGGAACGAGAACAUGACAUUCGCCCAGUUUCCACUUGAGCCCAAUUUGACAAAUCGCACGGAGGAAAUGCGCCGGGAAAUUGGAAAUAAACAUGCAAAGCAGAUUCACCAACGUCCUAGUACAGACAACAACCGCGCAGCGAGUGCAAUGCGAGUGUAA